AUGAAUACCACCGUGGCUCUUUGGAUAUGGCGUCGCUUGCGGUCAUCGUGUUUUUGGCUUCCUGAUGAUGGGGAAGUCGAAAUUCCACCUUUUGUUUCGCAUAGUAAGGAAUGUUUUCAAUUGGUGUCAGACCAGCCGGAGAACAGCCUUCACCAGAACCACUCUGAGCACGACUAUCUUCUAUAUGAAAGCCAUCUCUCCGAAGAUCAACCCCAACCUAAGGGGCAACUCGAACCAGUGCUAGAUGAACCACAACACCCAAUCCAUUCCCUCAGCGCCGACAUACUGUACUAUCUCGCAGUGGCCUUCCUCCCUGUGAACGAUACAGCCUCUCUUGCACUGACCUGCAAAGCUGCAUUUAUAGCUGUGGACGGGAAAAAGGUUCUCCAAGAGUGGCAAAGCCAGCCCUUAGCAUGUCGAGCGGAGUUCCUACGGGGGCUAGAACGGGAUUUCCCAGGCCACAUCCUUUGCUAUCAAUGUGCAAAAUUUCAUUCCCGAUUUCAAAGUGAAUAUCAAGAUGUAGAAUGUGAUUUUAACAGCUGCCAAAUGUAUUAUGGGCAAUGUUCGUAUCGUGUGUUGUAUAAAUGUGCCAAAGAGAUUGUGAAUCAUUAUCGGUUUGGCCCACGAUACGGACGCAGUGAGCGUGAACUGAUACCCAAGACGUUAUAUUCCAUCUCAAAACCGGAGGAUGAUGUUAAGGGAAUUGAUUGCAUCGAUUUAAAGUGUGUUGGCGAAGGAGACAACGUUAACCUGAUUUUCAGGCGGUACAUAUGGGUGGAGUAUGAUCUCUCAAAUCCAAAAUCGAGAGAAGCGGCAAAAUAUGUAGUCUUGAUGAACAGCCUCCAUAUUUUGGGCCCCCACUGGAGGAUGGAUAACCUGACCGAUGAAAUUCCUCCCACGAGUUAUUGCUGUAAGUGGUGCGGCGCUGAGAGGGAACACUCCAUAGUGCACUUGCGGGAUAAACCUGGGUAUGCUGCUCUUCGAAGCACGCUAUGGGAAAAUGUAGGUCAAUGUGAAAACACAGAGCAUGGACUGUGGACUCAUGUUUGCGAUGAUUGGUUAAUGCACCGGGAGGAGGAGCAGUAUGUUCCCAUUAGGCAGUGCGAUUUAACGUACUUGUAUGCCUUCGUCGGUGAUGCCUCCUGUGCUGAUCGAGAAAGAUAUUAUGAUCCAUCGGUUGAGUUCUAG